CUAGCACAACUGCACAGCUUCUUCGAGGCCAAGAUCUCGAGCUAUUCAAGCAGUAGUUUUUUUUCCAUGUGUUGUCUGACAUAUUCCUGAUUAUUCCGGUUGUGAUUAAUCCAGAAGCUGUAUCUAUCAUCAGAUACUGAACUCCUUUGGUUGAAAAAGGGCUCGUAUUAUGGUUAACUGGCUGUGAAUUUACAGCUAUGAAGAAGUUGACUUUGUAUGCAUGUUCUUCAGAAACAAGUGAUCUUACUUCUUUAUAUAUGCAUAUAUAUAUUACAGCUCAUAUUGUCACAAACAAUCAGUCUGAAGUAACAAGAUUAGUGUGAUGUCUUUCCUGAGGCUGUUACCUCGAAGGUUGCCCCAACUUGUUAGGCAGAUGGAGCAAGAUGUUGAGACUGUGAUAAACGUUCUGCAGCCAGGACCGAUUGGAAUUGUGGAGCACAAGUUCACGGAUGCAGAGAUCCGCAACGCGCAAGCUGUAGUAAGGCGAGCAGUCCAGAAUUGGCAGAAGAACUGGACCCUUGAGAGAAAUCUUGGCAAUGUUUCUUUCGGCAAAUGGAAGUAAUGCCACCGACAUCACUUGGUGCAUCAGCAGUACUUGGUGUAAAAGGGUUGCUAUGAUUUCGAAAAAGCUGAUUUGUUUACUUCCUGAACGAAUCCACGGAAUCGGCUGUGAUAUAUCUGCAGUCUGUUGCCAAUAAACUACUUUGUACUUUUGUCAACUCAAUUGUUCAUUCAACUUCUGAAGUUCUCUGGAGCUCUUUCAGGGAAUACAUUGAUUUGAUUCAGACUCGUGGCUUGUUUGGGAAUGGCACAUCUAUGUUCAUAGCUUCUACUAUAUUCUUUUUUUAUAUAUAUGAAAGUUUUGUACAUUGCGAGUUGCUUCCCUGACUCCUUAGCACAAGUUUGAUAAUGCUGUACUCCGUGUAACUGAAGUGGGUGUGAGCUUAACUGCUUAAGCGCCUCCACGAUGUUUUAGCACUAGC